AAUAAUUGGCAUAUUGAUCAAAAAUGAGAAUACAUUGUUAGUUGCAGACUAAAACUGGUAACUGUUGCUGGGUUACUGAGUUUCUAUGAUUUUGCCCACAAUCUGUAUUCACGAAAAUGUGAAAUGGGCAGAAAGUCAGACAGUCAGGCGUGGUGAAUGUUAACUAGACAAUUUAACAGGUGAUGUUUAAACAUAUAUUAGAUACUUCAUACAGACUGUCGAUAUCAGAAAAAAGGAGUCAACUGAUGAACAUAUUUAUUUUUAAUUAAGAAAUAUAUCAAAUUGUAUUUUAAUUAUACUCUAUUCCAGUUUUUAAACGGUGUUGUUGUGUCUUCACCUCCUCCCUGACAAAGAGCACCGGCGUUCUGACACCAGCGCCGGUUCAGACAGUCCAGAUCCGGACCCUGGUCGUUGGGUAAGCGGUUAUCCGCUCCGUGUUUUGCCGCAGACCAUGUGUGGCCCAGCUGAGGUGACUGGCAGGACUUGUUUACUGGUGGAGAGACUCGCGGAGAGAGAGACGGAGAGAGGGGGAACCUGAGGGAGAGCAAUCGCUAAACGGAACGGGAAUCCAAGUUUUUACACUUGACCCGUCUUUUUUUUUUUUUAAAGUCUUUUUAUGUUUGUUUACCUCAUCCUUUUUUGACUGUCGGAGACGGGAUACUCACUUUAUGUGUGUGUGUGGUUUUUCUUUUAUUUUUUAACUCUAUCGCCGACACUGAAACCUCGUUUGUUUUGGAUUAGCUAGCUAACGUUAGCUGUUUUCCCCAUCAGCUAACGUUAAUCUGAGAAAAAGAAACGGGCGGCGUGGUGAGGAGUUUUCUCACUUCACAGCAGCGUGCAGGUUAAACGGAGCCGUUGUUUUUGUUCCUUUUUUACCUCACAGUGGAUGGAGAAAGAAGUAACGUUUACCUCCCAAGUUUUCCCUCUUUGUUUUCUUUCUCCCGUUUUGUCGUUUUAUGGAUGUCCAUCCGUUUGCGGCGUGGUGGUCAGCGGGGGUGAAGGAGUUCAGAGGAGGGUCGUAGUAGGGAAAGCUGAAUCGCUGCACGUUUUUCCUGCACGUAGCUGCUCGGAGGAGUUUCCUGGGAUGUGCUCCCAUCUGUCUUAAAAAGGGCGAGCUUCUGAGAAGAUACUAGCAAGCAGGAGUAAUAUAAAGACCUGUGGACUUCAAAAGAGAGAGCGCAAACCCUGCCAACUCCCGUGUUUGGUUCUGUAUUGGGCGAUAUCCACAACUUUCAACCCAUGUCUGCUGGAGGAACAGAAGAGGAGACUGUUUAUUAACGCUGUGCAUAAGAAAAAUACUUAUUGCAAUUUGUUUUUGAAGUGGGUCUUCCCUCACUGGAGCUGUGCAUUACAGAGAAAUGAGCCCGGGGCCAGUGGACCUCCUUCGGGGAUCUCCAAACUAGCCCUCUGCGUGUGGGAUAUUAAUAAUAAUACUAUUAUUUCUCUCUUGAUUCUGUGUAGCACCAAAAUUAAACAGAUGAACGUGGACUGGCGCCUUCACUUAUGGACAAUGAAGAUUUUUACUCGCACAUGUGUUACGAGAGCCCAAGAUCACGUUAUUUAGUGGUCUGCAUUUUUUCCAGGGCUCACAUACAUCACAGACUUGGCUGGGAAGAUUCUCAUAAAUUUAUUACCAACCCCCCCGGCUUACGGGGGGCAACCUUAAAUCAGUUGUCUUUAUUGGACCUUCAGUUUUAAGGUUUUUUUUUUUUUUUUUUUUACUUUUGAUAUUCCAGCGCCUUUUGAAAUAACAUUUCUCCCUCAAGAUUGGAGUUUUUUGAGAAGCUUCAAGAGGAGAGCACAACUUAUCUUCAAGUCAAAAUGAGGCUGUGGACGCUAAAGCUGCGAGCACAAAUUGUGUUUUUUAUCAUCUGCACCUGCAUUAUAUGCCAGUGUGGACUAAUAAACGGAGAAAUCUGCCCGAGCAAGGACAUCCGGAACAAUGUGACCAACCUCCAGUCUUUGGAGAACUGCACCAUCAUCGAGGGCCACCUGAAGAUUCUGCUCAUGUUUAAGACCAAGACCGAGGACUUUCGAGGCCUCAGCUACCCAAAGCUGCGAGUGGUGACCGACUACGUGCUGCUGUUCAGGGUCUACGGCCUCGAGGCUCUCAGCGAUCUCUUCCCCAAUCUGACGGUAAUCCGCGGCAACAACCUCUUCUUCAACUAUGCUCUCGUGAUUUACGAGAUGCUGCAGCUGAAGGAGGUGGGCCUUCACAGUCUGAUGAAUAUCACCCGGGGCGCUGUGAGGAUCGAGAAGAAUCCGGACCUUUGCUACCUAGCCACCCUGGACUGGUCCAAGAUCCUGGACUCGGUGGAGGACAACUUCAUCGUGGCCAAUAAGAAUGACAGGGAGUGCGGAGAUGUGUGUCCCGGCACGGCCCAAGGUCAGACCAUCUGCCCGCAGAACACCAUCAAUGGACACUUCAGGGGACGAUGUUGGUCGCAGAACCACUGUCAGAGAAUGUGCUUGGACAACUGUAAGCAUGGUGCGUGUAGCCGCCAGGGACAGUGCUGCCAUGACCAGUGCCUUGGCGGCUGUUCUGAGCCAGGUAAUGCAAGUAGCUGUGUGGCCUGCAGAAACCUCCAGCAUGGGAACACCUGUGUAGAGAAAUGUCCUCCUGGAUACUAUGUCUUCAGGGGUUGGCGCUGCAUCAGCUUCUCCUUCUGCCAGGAACUUCACAACCAGUGUAAGCAGACUAAGAAGUUGAACCAGGAUCGGGAGUCGGGCUGCUAUGAAUAUGUCAUCCAUAACGGGGCCUGUAUUACAGAGUGUCCUUCUGGAUACACCACUAUAAACUCCACUACGUUGACCUGUUCGCCAUGUGCAGGCCUGUGUCCUAAACUGUGUGUGGGAAAUAAGACAAUUGACUCAGUAACUUCGGCCCAGGCUUUAAGAGGCUGCACAGUUCUCCACGGCAACAUGAUCAUCAAGAUUCGAGGAGGGAAUAACAUAGCUGCUGAGUUGGAGGCUAGUUUGGGCCAGAUUGAAGAGAUCACAGGCUUCCUGACUGUACGCAGAGCUUACGCCCUGGUCUCCCUCUCCUUUCUCCGAAAACUACGCAUCAUCAGGGGCGAGCAUCUUGAGGCAGAUACUUUCGCCCUCUAUGCGCUGGACAACCAGAACCUGCGAGAACUGUGGGAUUGGUCCAAGCACAAUCUAACCAUCCAGCGUGGUCGUACAUUCUUCCACUACAACUCCAAACUUUGCAUGUCAGAAAUCAGAAAGAUGGAGGAGGUAACGGGAACCAAGGAGCGCAACCAAAAGAAUGACAUUGCUGUACGCAACAACGGGGACCAAGCCUCCUGUGAGACCAAGCUGCUGAAAUUCACCAUAAUCAAGACCACAUCAAGUAUGAUUAUGUUGAGGUGGGAGCCCUUUUGGCCGUUAGAUUUCAGAGACCUGCUGGGAUUUAUGGUUCUCUACAAAGAGGCGCCAUAUAGGAAUGUGACAGAGUUUGAUGGCCAGGACGCGUGUGGCUCUAACAGCUGGGCAAUUGCUGAUGUCGAUCCUCCAUCCCGUUCCACGGACGGCAAGAAAGUGGAGGAUCCGGGGCACUUAAUCCGACCAUUGAAGCCCUGGACCCAGUAUGCCAUCAUGGUUAAAACCCAACUGUCUGCAUCUGAUGAGCACCAGGUUCAUGGAGCCAAAAGCGAGAUCAUCUACGUCCGCACCAACGCCUCCAAGCCCUCAGUGCCUCUAGACCCCAUCUCCUCCUCCAAUUCCUCCUCCCAGAUUAUCCUGAAGUGGAAGCAUCCAACCAGUCCCAAUGGCAACAUCACCCACUACCGGGUCAUCUGUCGGAAGCAGAAUGAGGACAGUGACCUCUACAAGUUCGACUACUGCCUACAAGGAAUGAAGCUGCCGUCUCGUACCCCGACUCACCUGGACAGUGAGGAUGAGCAGAAGUGGAACCACACAGAUGAGCCCACCUCAGGAGGCAGGUGCUGCGCCUGCCCUAAGACAGACAACCAGCUAAAGAAGGAGCAGGAGGAAAUAGAGUACCGCAAGACCUUUGAGAACUACCUCCACAAUGAAGUCUUCGAGAGCAGACCGUCUCGGAGACGACGCUCAGUGGGAGUUGCCAACGCCACCCAGACCCCUCACUUCCUUACCACAGCCCCGAGCCUGCCGUUCGGCUCCACCACAGCCAGCCCUGAAGACGAUGACGAGGAGGGAUCAAAGGUGGAGCUGAAGGUGUUCUCAAAGGAGUCAACAGUCAUCUCUAACCUGCACCACUUUACCAGUUAUAAGAUAGAGAUCAUGGCCUGCAACCAUCCGACAGACCUCAAACGCUGCAGCAUGGCUACUUAUGUCAGUGCUCGAACCAUGCCUGAGGAGAAAGCAGACGACAUCCCAGGCCCUGUGACCCAUGAGAUAGUGACAGCCGAGCCUCCCUAUGUGUUGAUCAAAUGGAAUUCACCACGCUCCCCUAACGGUCUCAUCAUCCUGUAUGAGGUGUUCUACAGGAAGGUUGGAGACACAGAGGUUCACACAGCUUGUGUGUCACGGCCAGCCUACCUCAAGUCAGGUGGCACGAAACUUUCGCUUGUGCAGCCUGGAAACUACAGCGUGAGGGUCCGCGCCACAUCCUUGGCAGGAAACGGCUCUUUUACAGAAACCACUUACUUCUUCAUGCCCAACCCGGAUCCGGGUUUAAUUUGGAUUGUGAUUGGUCCAGUCAUCUGCUUCAUCCUGCUGCUGUUUGUGGGAGGUGGAGUCUUUUGGAUCUUCAAGAAGAGGCAAACAGAAGGCCCCACAGGACCUCUCAUCGCCUCCUCAAACCCUGAGUACAUCAGUGCUAACGACGUGUAUGUUCCUGAUGAGUGGGAGGUGCCGCGGGAGAAGAUCACAGUGCUCAGAGAACUGGGUCAGGGUUCCUUCGGCAUGGUGUACGAGGGAAUUGCCAAGGACAUCGUCAAAGGAGACCCGGACACGCGCGUAGCCGUCAAGACAGUCAAUGAAUCGGCCAGCCUGCGGGAGAGGAUCGAGUUCCUCAACGAAGCCUCAGUCAUGAAGGCCUUCAGUUGUCACCAUGUGGUACGUCUGCUAGGUGUGGUGUCCAAAGCUCAGCCCACCCUAGUAGUGAUGGAGCUGAUGACCCACGGUGACCUGAAGAGCUACUUGCGGAGUCUCAGGCCAGACUCUGAGAACAACCCGUCAGGCCGUCCACCACCCACACUGAAGGAGAUGAUCCAGAUGGCUGCAGAAAUUGCAGACGGCAUGGCCUACCUCAAUGCCAAGAAGUUUGUCCACAGAGACCUGGCAGCCAGGAACUGCAUGGUGGCAGAGGACUUCACUGUCAAGAUUGGAGACUUUGGUAUGACACGAGACAUCUAUGAGACUGACUACUACCGUAAAGGAGGGAAGGGCCUGCUUCCUGUCAGGUGGAUGGCUCCAGAGUCUCUGAAGGACGGAGUCUUCACUGCCCACUCUGACUGUUGGUCAUUUGGCGUUGUGCUGUGGGAGAUCAGUACGUUAGCAGAGCAGCCGUACCAGGGUUUAUCCAAUGAACAGGUUCUAAAGUUUGUCAUGGAUGGAGGAUACCUAGAUCGGCCAGAGAACUGCCCUGAGAGAAUGCACAACUUAAUGCAGAUGUGCUGGCAGUACAACCCUAAGAUGCGGCCGAUGUUCCACGAGAUCAUCGAGAUGCUGCGGGAGGACCUGCACCCAUCUUUCCAGGAGGUCUCCUUCUUCUACAGCGAGGAGAACAAAGUCCCUGAGACGGAAGAGUUUGACCUGGACCUGGAUAACAUGGAAAGCAUCCCCCUGGACCCGUCUUCAUACUCACAGAGAGAGGAGAGUUUAGGCAGGGACAGCGGGCCCUCGGUGGCCCUCAGGGGGAACUAUGAGGAGCAUGUCCCCUACACACACAUGAACGGUGGCAAGAAAAACGGACGAAUCUUAUCGUUGCCCAGAUCCAGCCCUUCCUAACAUUUCCUGUUUCCUAAACGAACUUGUUUAACCUUCCCUACUCCUUUUACCAUCCUUCUUUCUCUUCCAGUCCAUUUUUCUGUAUCCUUCAUGUUCCUCUCAUCAUUUUCUAAUGAUUUUCUUAUUCUUGGAGAAGCCCUUCAAAAAAGACACAGAUCUCAGGACUUUUUAUUUUCUUCCUCAUGGCUGCCAAACACAGGCAAGCAAGGGAUGCAAACAUGGUGUAACACUUUUUUAACUUCCUCCACAACACAUCAGACUAUCUAUUACCAGAUUACCUAUCUAUUGCUUUUCACUAUUGCCACGUUUCCGGGACUCAUCGUGAUGGAAACGGAGAGAAAAAACAAACUGUGAACACAACAAACCUUAGACAACCAAGAAGGCUGCUUAUGCUCAACCUCCUCAAGACUCGUCCCUCCUUUUCUCCCCCACGUAAUCUGCAUUUCCACUUUUCUGUGCUUUGUUGUUUUCUCCAAGUGAAAUCUUUUUACUCAGAUAGUGGCCUUUUUAUAUGUGGCCUAUAAACAAAGAGAAGUGUCUAUCAGCGCUUAUACUAAUUUCCAUUUGAACAAUGACUUAAUCAGUUUGGAACGGUGGGAUGACUUGUAAAGACUUGAUCCUAGAACAAAACAUCUAUUCCUAGAGGAAUGUUUUCUUUUUGUUUUUUUUUGUUUGUUUUUUUUUUUUGUUUUUCUUUUUGGUUCUGCAGAAUUCCAAACUACACACAGAUUCAUCGGGUGUUUGGUGAAUAGUUUUAAUUUAUUUACCUUUACUGUUAUUUUCUCUCUCUCUCUCUCUCUCUCUCUCUCUCUCUCUCUCUCUCUCUCUCUCUCUCUCUCUCUCAGUUUUAUUUCUGUGUCCUCACUAUAUGGCUGAAGGAUAUUUAAACAGUUAAGAAUUGGACAAAAGAGUUCCUCAGACUGACCAAUAGCUGCUGCUUUGAUAUAUUUUAGUGGGUAUAGAAAUAUAUAAAAAAUAUAUAUAUAUAUAUAUACAUAUAUAUACUAUAUAUAUAUAUAUAUAUAUAUAUAGUAUAUAUGGAAUAUUGGUAUUUCUGUACCAAUAUUUUAUAUAUAUAUAUAAUAUGAUAUACUGAUGUUUUUGUAUAUAGUUCAUAUUUGUAAGAUUUGUCAUCAGAAGCUUUGCUAGUAUUUUGUUUUGCCAGGUUUUUUCUUUCUGGGUUUUUUUCAAUUUUCCUAUUUUUAUAGCCCCAGAAAUCACACUAAUAUACCAUCAGUGCUCUCUGUGUCUUAGGCCUCCAGCCCCCUCCUCCCCCUACUCGCUCCGUCUGGAUGGGAAAGGGGAAAGCCCCGAAAUAUUGUCAACUCACUGCAUUUCUUGUUCCCACUGAGAGCUGUCAAUAUUUGGAGGCAACUUUACAAAACGAAAAAAAAAAAAACCAAUGGAAUAACCAAAAAAAAAAGCUUUAUAUAAAAGGAGAAUGAGGUCUUUCUAGGUUGAAGUGCACCUGAUGUGUGUUUGUGUCCGUGUCUGCUGUCUUUCUCUGGUCAGAUCACGCUGGAGUCGAAGUCUGUACGUGUUUGUUAUCACAGGUUUCUUAUGUCUUUUCAUGUGAUUGUGCUGGUCGUCAGUGUUAACUGUCAGUGAGGUUAGAGAGUGUAUCAAGAGCUUGUCCCGGCUUAGUGAUUGUACUUCCUUAUGUUAGCGUAACUGUAAUGGCUUUUCAGUUGUGUCUGUGCUGCUUGAGUCGGAGCAGGGUGGGAAUUACCACCAGCUCUUUAAACCAGAAAGCAGUAGUGUUCCCUUCCCGUCUGACCUGAGAUCUGGCACAGGUCAGGACUUCAGUGUAAGAUGGAAGGUUUUUUUUUAUCAGAUUCGCUCAUUACAGUCUCCUCUCAUUGUCGUUCUGUUAGGUCUGCUAUGCACCACACACACCUCCUGCACUCUCUUUCUCUUUCUCCCCCUCCUCAGUCUUCCUGAGGCUUCCCAUUGGCUGCUGAACUCGUAGCUCAAAAUCAGGCUGGUGGAAAUUUCCACAUUUUGUGGUCAAGGGCUGGAGAGAAAUAUGGAAAGUUCCAAGUGUAUUCAGAGUCCACAGCAGGUAGCGGAGAGAGGGGGGCAGUGUCUCCGUCUCUUAUCUUUCAGUGUGUCUGAGAGAGAGGGAGUGUGAGUGAUUGUUAAUCCUAUUAUUCUCUCUGCUAUCACAUGCAGUUAGGCAGUCAGGACACGGUGUGCAGCAGCUAUUUCACUCAGGUCUGACAUUCCAGGAUUUAGUUGGAACUGCUCGUUCCCUCGUCCCCCCUGUUUUUGCCCGCCUGCUGGCAAAGCUGAUACCAUCACCACACCCCAUCAGUGCACACAUGAAAGACUUUGUUUUCUUUUUUGUCCUUCUUAAUAAUCGAUUGCUAGAGAUACAGUGGCAGAUGGAUUUUGCUAAACAAUAACUCUUAAGAGGAAUUUGUUACAAUUUUCUGGUUUGUUCCUCCUGCUGGGAAUCAAAAACAUUCCCUUCAACUGUACCCUUACACAAAGCUACAGAGAAGUUAUUGGUCCUCAUUGCUGAGCCCUCAUUGUGUCUCUCUACAUCGCUAAUUCACUACGACUUCCAUCAGAGCCCAAAGGCCACAGCAGAGCCUCUGUAAACGCUCUGCUCCCACUCUCUAACCACAUCAGUCGAUGACGUGGGAGGUGAUAGUCAGCAGACGAUUAGAGAUGAUGAACUUUUAAAAAACUUUUUUUUUUUUUUGGGGGGGGGGGGGGGGGGGGGGGGCAGACCUGUAUGGUUGCCAAUCUAGCGGAACAGCAUUCAGCACUUAUAGUAUAGCCAAAGUGUUGGCAGCUUUCUGCCAACAACAAAAACCCACAGAAUUGGAGUCAGAGAAAGCAGAGAAGCUGCCUCCAUACUUUACCAGUGCCUUCUCAAACCCAGAGCCACGUCCAGGCUAGUUAUAUUGGCUAGUAUAACACGCACUAACACACACACACACACACACACACACACACACACCACACACACACACAGGCCUCUGUGCUCUCUCUGUAUCUUUUCUCAUGAGGCAGGAGAAGCAUAGAAAUCAAAGCUCAUCUACAUUUGUGUUUGUAGGCUUUGUUCUUUGCUGGAAGAAAAGUCUUUGGGGGCAGUUUUUUUAUUUUUUGUGUGUUUCAGCUUGUUGCUUGUUGCCAGCGUAAGGUUUGAACACUAAAGUUCACCCAGUGCUUUAGCGGUGACACUGUGGAUUGGCCAGAGUCAGAGACGCCUGAGGUUAUGAUGUAGAUUUUAGCUAAUUAUUCUUAGGAGUCACAAUCUUUGGCUUUUUUUUUACUUUGUAAAUAAUCUGUGACAUAGUUUGGAAAAUAAAAGCAGAGUAAAAAGAUUUAUAAAAAAAAAAAAAAAAAUCUGAUGCCCAUCGGUUGUGUGUACAUGACAGAAAAACGGUGGACGUUAGCCGUUUGUCAGUUCCACACUACGUACUAAUACUACACUGAUCUGAACAGUAAACUCGUCUGGCAGUUCGUAUGCUUUACGUCUUUGAGUGAACUUAAUAUUCCAGUAUAAACACACUACAUACUCAAAAAAGAAAGAUAGAAUUAGUAUGUAGUAUGGAAGUGGGACGUAGCUCUCGUCUCCACCUUGACCUAGGUUGCUUAUCUUGUGGUGGUGUUCACACGCAUAUGCAAUUUUUAAUUAAGAUGGUGCCCAUAUCUUUGAAAUACCAGAUAUUUAUUUUAUUAUGAUCAUUGUCAAUGUAUAAGAAGAACACAGUUAGCUUUUUAGUCAAGCUUUUUUAAAGGUGUUUGAGAGUGGAGCGAUGUAAAGGCCUAGUUUGUUAUUGUACAGGAGGAGCAGCUGGUGGUGAGCGGCAGGAGUGCUAGUUAGUUAGUUAGGUAGUUAGUUUGUUAGUGAGUAAGUAAUUGUUGUCGUCUUUGUGUUUGGCCAGAGUCUACCUCAGUGAAUAUGGAGGAAUCAGUCUAAAGAGCCUAAAUCAUCCCCGUCAGUCACUCAAUAUCCCAUCAUUUCAAAUAUUAUCACUUUUAUCGAACAUUACCAACAUUGCUGAUGAAUUCCUUUCCACUGUGGUGUAUUAAAUCCCUCUGCCUCUUAGUUUUCUCAGUUUCGUCUUCUUCUUGUGCCCAGGGGAAAGUUUUCACAAACUCCUGCAGGAUGUGGAUAUUGUUGGGAGCACUGCCCGUCAUACCCUUGUUUGUUUUUUUACAUGUUCUGACUUUUAAGUCAUUGGUGUAGCAUUUUAAAGAACAAGCUCGCAAGAUAUUCAAGUGUUAUUCCUCAUAAUGGUGCCUCUAGCACUUAUUAAAUAUGGAACAUCAGACAGUAAAUUGGCUUUAGGGACAGUUUGUCCUUUUGAUGCUUACUACAGUUUAUAAAAUUACUCACAAGAGGCUUCCCCUGGGUGCUGGAAGAAGCAAUGUAGCUUUAUUGUGUGCUUUCCCCUUUUCGAAUUGCACCAAUCCUCUGGACUGUAUGUAGUAGUGGCUCUACUGGUUUCUGGGGAUGUGACAUUAGCAUGAGUUAAAGAAAAAAGAAAGUCUUGUGACUCUCAAGCAUAUCUGUGAUCACCUACAUGCAGCCAAGGCUAACCAGGCUCAGCCAUGGACCCUCAUGCUUUUUUAAAUCACAUCUAGACUAAUCCUGUCGUCUGUCAGAAGACCCUACUCUUCUUCUUCACUCUGUCAAUCUGUCUCUUUGUGGUCGAAACAGUCAACGUUCAAAUCCCACGUCUCCUCCAAUCGUUGUCGGUUCAUUUGUCUGUUUCUCUGUUCAGAUUUGUUUUGUUUUGUAUGUAUAUUUUUUCUACUGUGAAUAUCAAGAGAUGACCUUUAUUUUCUGUCAAUGCCAUGGAUUGGGUCUGUUGUGGCUGAUCAGGACACUGACAACUGGGCUGGUUAAAAAGUUUUAAGGAGGAGGACACCCUCUCCCCCCUCUGCAAAGGAAAAAAAAAAGCUGGACUGGGACAAUCCUGUGUGCCAUAAGAACUAUUAAGACAUGAAAUCUAGAUUGUAACUUUUCGUCUCAGGGAGGCGGCCUGAUGCUUUGUGGUUGGAGGAUAAAGAGGAUGAGGAGGAAGAAGAGCUACCUACCUACCUUUUAUCUACUCUGACUGAAGCGCAAGUUCUCAGCAUCCUUGCAACAAAUAAAGCAGAAUGGAGAUGAUAAGCCCAAGGACAAGUAUUCAACAACAAAAACCCAAACACCCUUUUAACAAAUCUGAAAUAUUUUCUCCCCCUUUUGAAGAUAAUCAGGAAUCCUCCUCUCUCUCUCUCUGAUGUGAUGUGGUUUGGACUGCCCUCUAGCGAUUGGAUGGGAGCGUUGCAGGUCAGGGGUGGCAAAGCAAACAGGGCCCCCGACCCAUAGUGCCUUGCUCAGACUAACGGCCCACCUGACCCCUCCCACCCAGUCCACCCCACCCCCGCCCUCGCCCCACGCCCCCCCUGAGCAGAACCGCCACUGACUGGCGUGUCUCCACCAAUCACUAAAGAGGAUUUUCCACUUCCAAACAUAAAAUGAAAACACAUGAAUUAUGUUGUUAUGUGCUCUGUUUUAGUUGUAACGGCAGUGAAAAACAUUCUAACUGCUUGCUGAGAAAAUACUGUAAUUCGGGAUUAUAUGAUUUUUACCAAAAAAGAAAUGUUGAACUUGUCUCUACUCUGCUAAGCUCUGGCUUGCUUUUGUGCAUGGAAAUAUGAAUUAUCUAUACCAGUGGAUAGCUUGAUAAUUUGAUGUUUACUGAUUUUGCUUCUCAUCAGUCUGUUUUGACAGUGACGCCCCAAAGCACAUGCAAAAACCCAUGAUUAGCAACAAGUGAUUGCAUUACAAUUGGGGAUUUCCAUUUGAAAUGCAUUCAGUUGUUCCAUGAUUUUCAAAAAAAAAAAAAAAAGAACCGAUUAAUAAGCUCUUAACUGUAAAUAGCAGCAGAUCACCUUGGCUCCUGAAAAACGAAAAGCACUUGAUUUUAGGGAAGUUUAGGUUUGUUUUGUUGAACUCUGAUGACCUAAAAAAAAAGCGGUUGGACAGAGCAUGCUAGUAAUGCAGCGCAGGGUGAGAACAAAGUAUUGUAUGUAUUAUUGUUUUGUUUUAAAGGAAAGAAAAAAGUAUUACAUUUUAGAGAUGUUGAUUUCUAUUUUUUUUUAGCCAAAGUAGGGAGGGCAAAUACAAUUACUUUUUCUGACUGUAAACUUUUACUACUCUUGUACAUUAUGAAUUUAACAUUGUUAUCAAUGUGUACAUAACUUUUUUCUAAAUUUAAAAAGAUAGAUUUUUUUUUUGUUUUGUUCUUGUUUUUUGUUCAUGACACAACCCACUACACAGAAAACAGCAGAGUCAAGUCUGUCGAUGUAUUUAACAGGAGCAGCACAACUCCAGUCUGAGGGCUUAACUCUGUGUAACAAGACAUAAACAGUAUGUUGCCUGAAACGUUUCGCAGUGAACCCUGCUCUUAAUCCGAUGCAUGUUCUGAAUGUUGGCCGACAAGAGGUCAUGCAUUUGAACCACCCCACCCAGCCACAGCAACAUGUCACCCAUAAAGCCUUUCUUGUGUCACAAAUACAUCACCUAUCACAGAUGAUGUUGUAUGGAAUUGUUUCUGACAAGAGAGCUGUGUUUAGUUUGCAAAUGUGUGUGUGUUUUUUUUUUUUUCUUCUUUUUUUGUAUGUGAAAAACUGGAAAAGACCACUGCACAUCCUUUCGAAGAAGAGGAAACAUGAGUGAUAAAAUCCUGAAUAAGCUAAAAAGAAAACUUUACUGAUGGUUCGGCAACCAUGCAUCUUUAAGUUUCAACUGUAAAGCUGGAGGUGUUAAAGGAGGAAAUUGACACUUCGGGAAAUAUACACUCUUUUGCUUUCUAGGUCCAUAUCAAUCUCAUGCCUCUAUACUAAACAUUAAGCUACAGCCAUCAGCCGCUUAGCUUAGCUUAGCAAAAAAACUAGAAAAGGGGGGAAACAGCUAACCAGUGGUAACAAAAUCCACCUACCAGCAGCUCUUAAAUUCACUAAUUAACACAUUAUAUCUCGUUUGUUCAAUCUGUACAAAAGUAGUAGAGUAAAAACCUCAAUUUGCCAUUUUACAGGGCAUUCAGGGCUUCUUGGAGACUCUGCUGGUUGCCUGGCAACCUACCCCCCCCUUAAAAAAAAGAAAAAAGAAAGAUGUUUUUGAACAGAUUAAAGAAAUGAAACAUAACGUGUUAAUUAGUAAGCUUUUGAGUAGCUUUUUAUAGGUGCCUUAGAACAGAGCCAGGCCAGCUGUUUCCCCCUGUUUCCAGUCGUUAUGCUCAGAUAAGCUAACCUGAGAUAAGCUGUAUCUUAUAUUUAACGGGCAAAGAGUGGCAUCACUCUUUGAAUCCCUGCCAGACAGUGAACAAGCUUCUUUCCCAAAAUGUCGAACUGUUCCCUCGCGGAGGCCGAGCGUAAAAGGAGAAACUCCGGCUGUUAAUGAAUUAAGUACUGUGUGUCAGUAGUGUGAUGAUGAAGUGUUCGUGUUUGUUUUAUUGAUGAGGGAGAGAGACGCCACUGUUUGCAGACAGACAGUGGGGGGCGUUGCAGGUGUGGUGAAGACAAAAAAGCUGAGGAAAAGCAGCCUCUUCUUGACUUGUAAGUCAUCUGUCGGUCCAGUGGUCUGCUCCAGUUUACACACCAAUACCAUAGAUUUGUCUCUAUCCUGUUCCCUGUGCUGUACGUUGUUGAAAUCAGUGGAGUUGUGUCUGUGUUGUCCUCGGUUGAAGUCUAUACCACGGCUUUCUUUGUCUCGCUGCUCCUCCUCCUCCUCUUCCUCUUUGCGUCCUUCAAGUCUCUUUCUCUCCUCGGUGCACAUAGGUGGUCCCCAGAAUGCUGUGUGUAGUCUUGCAGGAUACCUCUUUUUAUUAAUGUCAUUUUUAUUGCCGAUGAAUAUGCUGAUGUAUUAAUUUUGGGAUAUGUUGUGUAUACAUUAUGUUGAGACAUCGGUGCGUAUGCAGACAGCAGGUGUAUAUGUGUGUAUGUACAGUCCAAACCCUCAAAACCCGCAACCCACAGAGAUCGCUUCAUCCCUCACACUGGAUCCAAAUGUGCCAUUAUCUUUAUGUAUCACAUAUAUCAACAUAUUACACACACACACACACACACAUACAUAUACACACACACACACACACACACACACACACACACACAGAAAUACAUACAUAUUGUACAGGAUCAAAAAUGUGCCAUGACUAAAUGAACGCUUGACAAUUUAUUUUUUCUAUGUUUUCAAAGGAGAGUCAAGUAGUGACAUGUACAGAAAAUGUUGCAAUGAUAUGAAAAUAAAAAUCUUGCUGUGUGUAAAUUAUUCAACAAUUAACUGUUUAUAUUAAAAUUAUGAAUAAAAUUAUUGGAGAAUA